UGUUGAGAGUGGGCUAGGAUAUCACAUUACAAGGUGACUUUUGAAAUGAGCAAAGUGGAGAGAUGAGUGUGGGAAACAGUCAAAUUCCAUAGGACUAGGACAUAGAAUAACUUUUAUGUUAAGUACAUUAAAUGAGAACAAUAACCCGCCAAGGUACUUACAGUUGUAUCUUUUUUAUUUUUGUUUUCUUCGCCUACAAAUCAAUGAACACACAUUUCAAAGUGCAGAAGAACAACUUCGAAAUCUCUAGCCUAUCAGCGCGACGCUCCUGACCGGAAAUAUAUAAUCAUCCAAUCAGCGUUGAACGGGAGAAUUUUCAAAACUACCCGCCAUGUUGUUGUUAUUUUUAGUUAGCUAGCUAACUUGGAAGUCGUUUAUCCGAGUACUUCCAUCCAUAAAGGUUGCUAGAUAGUUGGACUGCUUGAACUUGGAAAUUACCAAUAAUUAUAUUUUAAACAGGAUCAUGGACUCCAUGGAAGCUCGUUUCGGCCACAUGCGUCAGCGUGACACCAGUGUGGACAUGCUGCGGGUGAAGAUGUCUCGGAGACGGUCGCAGUCCCAAAAGGAGAACCGAGACAAGGCCCUGAACAGCCGCAGGCAGCUUGACAAACUCCCCGAACUGGAAUGCUCCCAACUGGACAUGUCUGUUGCUGAACAUGUGUCAGUAAUUCAGGAAAAAGCACCGAAUGCAAAACAAUUGAAAAACACUGCAGUGGAGGAGCGAAUUAAAAAGCUUGCACGCUACAAAGAGAAGAAGGAGCUUGUGAAGGAGAAAGAGAAGAGGGCAAGGGAGAAAAAGGGGGUGUUUAAGGUUGGGCUGUACCGGCCCCAGCCCCUGGCCCCUCUACCUCAGGCCCCAGCUGCCACUACCAAAGCCAUGGCAACAACGGCAGUGGUCCAGCCCCAAUCCACCAGAGUGACGCGCUCAGCCAUGAGGCAGCAGUCCCCAAAGGCACCACAGACUAUUGACACUGUCCCUGCUUCAAGAAAAGUUGAACCAGCUGUGGUCAGGUCAACCAGGAGAACCAAGAUCACUAUAGGUGAACCAGUUGUCAGAGCCCCAUCCACAAGGUCAGCUAACAGGCCUUUGGUCUCUGUGGCCCCUGUGGCAAAGGACAAACCUGCUGCAGCUCCCAAGACCAGAUCAAAUGCCAAGCAGUCUGCAGCACCACCUGUUGGCAGAGGGAGGAACACCAGGGGAAAUACUGAAAGCAAUACGCAGGCUGCUGUAAAAGUGAAAAAGCCAGUGGAGGAGCCCAGGGCUGCUAGCCCCCCACCACCCAGUGUAAAGGAGGAGAUGGUAGACCCUGCCCCUGCUGAUCCAGAACCUGUCCCAGCCCAGGUCUCCUCCCUCCUCCCUCCAGCCCCUACCCUGUCCUCCUUCGCUCCUCAGGGCUUUGUGUUCCAGGCUCCAGCAGGCUUGUCCACCUUCAAGCCCACCCCUCUCACCCCCCGCUCUGCAGACUCCUUCUUCAAACCAAGUGUCCCUGCCUUUGUACUACCACCUGUGCCACUCUGGCUCUCUGACUUGGUGCCCAAAAUGGAGCUCAGUGCUCCCUCUCCUGCCAAGUCCCCUGUUCAAUCCACGCCUUCUCCUACUCUGGCCCCUCAGUGUCCCCAGGAACCAGAGCAUGAUGUGCCCUACUUUAGGUUGGUGGUGGUCAGUGAGACCGAGAGACUGAAAGCAUUUUGUCAGCAGUGGGAGCCCAGGGUGGAUGAUGCCUCUAUCCCUGAAGAGAUGCGUGACCGUAUGCGUACUGCGGUGGGGCAGGCCAGGCUGCUGAUGAAGGAGAGGUUUGGUCAGUUCUCUGGCCUGGUGGAUGACUGUGAGCUUGGCAGAGGAGAGAAGAUCACCACAUGCACCGACUUGCAAGGCUUCUGGGACAUGGUCUACUACCAGGUAGAAGACGUGAACAAUAAGUUUGGUGCUCUGAAGGAAGCAGAGUCUAAGGGUUGGCAGGAGGAGAGAGAGCCCCCACCACGACAGAGGAAGGUGGUCAAGAAGCCGGCCUCUGCUCCGGUGGCUAAGCCUGUCGGUGGUGCUGCCGCCAAGUCUCGUCUGGCUGCCAUCAAGGCUGCUAUUAAGGUCAAGCGGCAGGCUGCAGAGGCAGAGAAGGCAGUCCAGGCUGCAGGGCCAGACAGUGCUGUUGAAGACCCUGCUCCAGCUCCUCAGGACCCCCAGGCAGAGACCUUGGCCCCAGAGUCACCGGUGGUGGUGUUCCAGGGAGGCUUCGUCCAGGUGGAGAGUCCCGCCAAACUCACAGGCUUUGUGAGGAGAUCAACCCGUGUAGCUGCCAGGCCGCCUCAGGCAUCUCCCUGCUCUGUCACCAAGUUCUCCACCCCCGUCAGAACCCUCCAUUCCAACGCUGCUGCAGCUGCACAACCCUCUACUCUCCACCGCCUCACCCCUGCUCGCUCCACCCUCACCCCUGCUUUCUCCUCCCUCACCCCUGCCUGCUCCAGGCUCUCCCCUACCCGUCUGUCUGAUGGCACCCCACUCUGCACCCUGGCCCCCGCCAAGAAUAGCCCCACCAGAGUCUCUCUCUGCUUCUCACCAGUCAAGGAAGCUUUGAUAGACGCCCAGUCAGAGGAAGUCCCCAGCUACCAACCAGAGCUAGUCUCGGUCCAGAAUGAAGUCACUCCUGACCAACCAGAGCCCAAGAGCACGCAGGAAGCUUGUGACCAAUCGGAGGUUGUUACAGCACCCACUGUUUGCCAUGAGGAGCACAUUGAGAGUUGUGAGUCUGAGAAAAUGAGCCAAUCGCCAUCCAACACACAACAGCUGACCUAUGACGAAAUGCCCCAAGAAGCCUUCAGCCAAUCGGUGUUGGCCACAGAGGAGCCCAACCAAUCGGAGCUCCUGGCCAUGCCUGAAGUGAGCAGCACUGUGGCUACCCACUCAAUCCUAUCCUCUCCCUCACUCCAGGACAGAGAAGAAGAUUUAGAGGCCUACGAUAUCAGCCUACCCAUCUCACCAAGGCUUCCCCUCUCUCCCUCACUGCCCCACACUCCCACCUAUGGAGCAGAGUUCUCCCCAGUCAGGAGCCCUGCCUUCAGCUUCACCCUCUCCUCCAACCCAGCCAGGCCAAAACCUACCGAGGACAGCCUAUCUCCCCUCUCCUCACCCUGCCUGGUGCCCUCCUCUUCUACUGUUCAGGUCUCCCUCAGCGUCCCAGCUACUGCCGACGUGACAGUGACUCCAAAUACUUAUAUCACUGAGAGUUUUCUGGGAUUGGAGUUUGAGCGCUACCUCCAGCCUGUAGCAAGCUGCAACCUGUCACCACGGGAGCUGGCUGUUGCCGAGGAGAUGCUGUCGCCCAUGGCGAUAGACGUAGAAAUGGAGAGUCCGAUGGCUCAGUCUGGAGAGCCCAUUUGGGAGGAAGCGUCGUCUCCCACAGCGUUUCCCAGUUUGGCACAAAUGUUCACCCCACGGACCACAAAGCCAGUUGAGUCGGACAUGUUGCUGUUCACCCCUGAUCAGAUGGACAGAGUGAGACAGUCAAUGUGCCCCAGUGACCUCAUGUCAUUCACACCUCCAUCUAAUAGAUAGACCGAUUUGCUUAACUGACGUUUUUUCCCCUCCAUUUCGCUCUAGAGACUUGUUUUUAGUCUCUCAAAGAAAAUAAUUUGUUUAUAUGCAUUGUUACUUUUUUCUAAACUCCUCUAAUUGUCAGAAAAGUGUUUUUAUGUAACUUCAACAGAUUUUCAAGAAUUUUCCUGAAAUGUUUUGUGCUAUGUCUACUAAAAGUUUUUUAUUGAAAUACCAAAAAGGGUCCAGGUAGUGUUUCCUAACUUAAGCACAUUUUCUAUGGUGCCCAGGUGUGCAGUAAAAAAAAAAACGUAAUCAAGAGUUUAUAUAUAGCCUAAAUUCUUCUAUGUUGAAUAUGCAUGCUGAAAAACCUUUUGGUUUGUGUAAAUAAAAUGUUGAUUCUUCUAA